ACUUUAUGCAAAGAUGAGCUCGGGAUAGUAGUUCCCCGUUUUGCAAAACUAUACCAGAGUUGUUACUCUUUUGUGUUAAUAUAAGUUAAGCUGUUUGGUUUCAAAAAAAAAUGUUCUAUUCAUCAAAUGAAAAAAUCUUCGAAGAAGACUUUAUCUAGAUAUAGCGACCCAUAAUACCCAUCAGUGAUUUUGUCAAGGGAAAAUUAGUUUUGUUCAAUGUCAUAUGGUUCUUUGGUGGAAGGUCCUGAUUCAAAGUGUUAUAUAAUUGAGUAAUAUGUUGAAUGGUGGAAACAAGGGAAGUUCUGGGAAUGGUUCGUUUGUAAAACCAGCAGCUCGCCAAAGAAACUCAAGUGCACUCCAAUCUCAGGCCGUUCAGAGGGUUGAAGUAGAAAAGAAUUCGAUGGAAACGGAAGGAAGGGGGUAUUCGGACUUCUGUAGGAACACAAGUGAAGACUUGUUCUUCAAAUCUUUGAUGGAGAGCUCGAUGGGAAUGCCAGCGCCAACCAUGGAAAUGUUGGGUUUUAAGAAUCUAAGCAACAGUUUUCGCACGGAUAGUGAGGAACUCUUCAAAAGCUGGCUCACAAACGGAGAGGCAAGCAAUUGUACUAUCUCCUUCUGCUGACUUCAUUUAAAAAGGCAUCGAAUUCCUUAUCAAACAUUUGAAUUAGCCGGAUGAAUCUUCAGCGAUUUUAUUAGUGAUAUGAGCAAGGUUACAGAUUAUACACGCAAAUGCCUUAGUCAAGUCCUCUUCUAGAUUUUGUGAAAUAAUGGCUUGAUUGGCAGAGCAUCACAGUUUUCAUUCUUGGAAUUCUUUCUCUACCUUUUCUCCUGUGGUUCUCAUUUUUCAUUUUUUUGAAUGCUGUAGAUCUUUAUUUUAGUUAAGGCAGCCAUAGUGAAAGAACA